AUGAAUUCUCUGGAACAAGAGCUGAUAUCUCUAAACAUAGGGGGGAUGACCUCACAGAUCCGUGAAAUUAUUCGCCUUGCAUUUGGCUCCCGAAUGGUAUCACCCGCCACUGCAAAGAGGUUGAAUCUAAAGCACAUAAAAGGGAUGCUGCUGUAUGGUCCACCAGGCUCUGGUAAAACAUUGAUUGCUCGAAGUAUUUGCAAGUUACUAAAUGCAAAAGAGCCCCUGAUUGUACGUGGACCAGAAAUCACUCAAGAAUUGUAUGGUGCAUCUGAGAGGCAAAUAAGGGAACUAUUUGAUGCUGCUGAGAAAGAUGAAAAACAAUAUGGUUCUAAAAGUGACUUGCAUGUCAUUAUUUUUGAUGAGAUAGAUUCCAUUGGAAAGAAAAGAGGAGCGGCUGCUGGAUCCUUCCAUCAUGAUGAUAAGAUUGUGAAUCAAUUGUUAACGAUGAUUGAUGGCACAACAGAACUGAAUAACAUCUUUAUUAUUGCGACAACAAACCGAAAGGACCUCCUCGAUGAAGCCCUCCUUAGGGAUGGUAGAAUCGAACUCCAUAUCAAGAUUGACUAUCCUGAUGAGCAAGGGCGCAAGCAAAUUUUGGAUGUUUGCACAAGGAAAUGGAAACAAGCUUCUCUCCUUGAUAUAGAUGUUGAUCUACAAGAAAUAGCUCGCAGGACCAUUGGAUAUAGUGGUGCUGCACUUGCAUCCCUUGUGACACGUUCACUGUCGUAUGCUAAUGAUGAACAUGUGACCUUACACCCACCGCAGUUGAGCUCCACCGAUAUACUAGAAUUUCUGAAGGUUGCCCACUCUUUAGCCAAAUUCAAGAAGAAAAUCGAGGCACAUCCACUUGCAGACCUUGCUUCUUUUGACGAGGAUAAGGCCAAGCUCAGUUGUUGA